UCUGACUAUCGAUAACUGGCAAUUCUGACAUUUGACAGGACAGCGGCAAUUGUUUAUAAACUAAAACAUAAAGCUAAGCGAGCGUAAACAGUAUGCAAAAAGAACACUGGGGCGCCAUUGAGGAGGAGUGCGGGACAUUUGCGUUAGACAAAUAUGUGCCCACGACGGCCAAAAAGCCGAAACUGGAUGAGCUACGGCAGCGCGGGGAUUUGAUGACCAUGGAUAAGCAAGAUCAAAUUGAGCUAAAAAGCUCACUGGUCACGCAAACCAUCGAGGUUAUGAAACAAACGGAAGUGCUGCAAUCCCUCAUCGACACCUACUCGAACAAAAACGGAACCUCCAACUAUCUGCUAAAUCCCUGCCAAAUGAUACCCGAAGUGGACUUUCCGCCAGAGAACGCCGCCGACUUAGUCAGCGAGCAAAAGUUCCAGAAACCCAUCUGGUUCAUACCUACUGUGGAUACCGCAUUCUCUCGAGGCGAUCCACAACCAUAUCCAGAGAUCUCCACCAACACCUGCCGGCAUGCGAUGCGUAAAGUUAUGUGCGGCCUGCUCCGGCUGGCGGGUUUCACGGACUGCUCUGAAUCGGCGGUUAUACUGCUGACAGAUGCGGCCGAGGAAUUCAUGCGCAGCUUUAUCAUAGAGUAUCGUGACUUCUACGACAUCGAUGACAAACUGGAGAAGUCAACGGAUCUGCAGCUGCUGCCGCUCGAGCGGGCCUACUUCAGCAUGACGGGCACCUCGCUCACCCAGGUGCACAACUACUACAAACAUAAGGUGAUAUCGCGCAAUCGCGCUGAGAUCAACGAAUUCACCAGCGUGUUGCAUGAUUACGACAAGCUGAUGAAGGAGAGCCAGAGCAGCAUGCAGAAACAGCAACAACAGCAGCACAACCAACACGAUUUCAAUGGGCACGACUUUCUUAACAUACUCGAAAUGCAGCCAGGCGAAGAUGGCGGCAGCAGCGCGACUGGUAGCAACAGCAUGGGCAACAUUGUUGGCGAAAUGCUGCAAGAGCUCGGCGGCAGCACCAACUCUAGCAUCUCGCUGAGCAACGUGAGCAGCGGCCAACAACAGAUGCUAAACAGCAACGCCUUAUACGGCCUGCUUGAAGGCCAAAUGAACAACAACAGCAACACGAUGGCCAGCACAACGAACUAUCAAAACAACUUUGAUACCUAAAACAGCAUUACAUGAUGCUAUUGGCUUAAUUCGGAACAGUUAGGAUCAGAAGAGUGCCAUACAGCAUGGUUGCAGCAUGAAAGUUCCACUAGCAUCCUUUAUAAUUAGCCUCAAAGUGCCGAAAUUUAAAUACCCUAUAUAUAUAUUUCUACACUUAAUGUUUUCUUAGAUAGAAAAAUACUUAAAUAACAUGUCCAAUCGAUUUUGGUAUAUAUAUCUAUAUAUAGAGAGAGAGCAGCAUGUAAAUGUUUGUAAUUGAAUUUAGUUAGAAUCUUUUUAAAUGGAAAUAACUAGCUUGUAAUACAGCUUAAUAACCGUACAUAAUUAAAUAUAUAUUUAUAUCUAGAGAGAUUUUCUAAACUGAGGAAUAAUAGUAGAUAAUCCCUAUAUAAAAAACAAGAGCGUUGUGAAAAGUUAAGGAAAGGAAACUCAGGAAUAUGAAAUGUUAACAAAUAAACAAUAAAAUACAUGAGUUAUAAAAGCUCAUGUAUGGCGAGUUUUUAAUUUUUAGCAAUUUUAACUAACUAAUCGCUUUUUGUACUUUAAAAUGUAAAUGAAUUGUGAAUAUAGAUUUAUUAUUCUAUCUAAAUUGUUCCAUUUUAUGAUGAAAUAAGGAAUCACAAUCAUGGCUCAUUGGAGCAUUGCAGCAGGAGGGAUAUCUAGUAUUCUUAAUAAAAACUUAACAGUAAUUAACAAUUUUAUUAGAGCUAA